AGCAGCUGGUUCAAAACUGUCAUUUAAACCUGUCCAGUACUUUACACAUAACGACGCAGUUUCCACUCGCCGUAGACAAAAGUAGAUUUCUCUAACUCCAGUCGCCUUGCUAAUUCUCCGGGAGCAGGUUGACCAUGUCGAAUACAUCAGUACGCCCGAUCCCAACGCUGAAGGGCAUCUUUUCGGUGCCGCGCGUCACGCAAUCCCGUAACUUCCUCAAGGAAAAUAAGGUGAGCCUUCGUUCGCUGGAGAAGAGCACCAGCCAGAAGUUGGCCGCCAAGGAGCCGGUACGUCCCAAAUGGAUGCCCCAGUUACGACGUACUUCCUCAGAAAUUAAGGAGUCUAAGGCGGAAAAGCCACCAGCUAGGUUAAAAGCUGCACAACAGAACUCGUUGCAGAACACCCGAAGCAGCUCACGUUCACAGCACCAGUUGGCCGUGGCCAUUCCUGCGGAUGGUGAACGGUUUGAUGGCCUCGAGGAGCGCAAUCCCAUUCUUUAUGAUCCCUCCGAGGAGGUGGAGGCGGAGAACUUUUUUGAGCCUUCGUCAGACCCGCUCUCUGAUCGCUGCCAAUCUUGUGGCACCAAUCGCAGUUCCACUAGCAUCGGGAUUCAGACCGAGGACAUUACGGAUGAACUAUACCUCACAAACGCGCUUAAAAAAUGCAGUUUCGAUGGCAGAUCUGUGAUCGAGGAGCCACGCACUAAGUACGAAGAUACCGACAGACCAUUUCGGUAUGAAAACGAGGAGGAACUGGAACAACUGCCGCUGUCGGCCCGCUCGAACUCCUCAAAGCAGAGCCGUUUUCACAUGUCGGAAAUGGAGGCAAUGCCCAUGACUGAGACUGAGCCCAUAAACUAUGGAGCUUCGGACGAUGAGGCACCACUUAGUGCCCGUAGCCGUUUUACAACGGCAUCCAAUGUAACAAAUAUCACUUCCAAGUCCAAGCGUCGUGAGCAUAAGCUGGGAUCUCGAGAUGAGGUACGUCUACCGCGUUACCUGGAGAAACAGAAGCGAGAAAAGGCGGUGGCCAAGCAACUUGCCGAUUCCCAGGACCCCGACUGUCCGCGCGGCCAUGUUCUGCUUAGCGAUCAGGAUCGACUGACCCACCUAACCAAUGCGCAGAAGCGCUACGACCUUCUCGUCAAUGAGCUAAAUCACAUGCCCAUGACUGCGCAGACCUUACGGGUGCGAAACCGUAAAGCAGAGAUUGACAAGGAGUUAACCAACGUGGAAGAGGACAUUCGCAUAUACUCGAAGGCAAAGGUCUUCGUGCUAGCCAACAAGUCUCGCCACCUCUAAGGACUCGUGCAGCUCCAAAAAUCUUCAAACGUUCCAACGACUGACUAAGCUUCAAGGAACAUGGAAUUCCCCUGACGAGUGUUCCUUUAAAGCGUGCCUUACGUUAAUUAUAUAUUUUUUAGCUGUGCCUUGGAUUACAGAGAUCAUUGAAAACACUCUGCCAACGUUCGAUCCUUGCAGCCAGCAACUAGUGUUAUAAAUUAAACGCAGCUCAUCAAACUUA